CUGGGCCAUGGUGGGCGUUGGUGCUGUGCUCCUGCUAGUGGGCGUGGUCCUGUUUGUCUUGGGCGUGGUUCCUGGAAGCAUGGCGGGGGAUGUUGUGAAAUGGCCUGGUGCCGUUUGCGGAGUUCUUGGCAUUGUGCUCCUUGUUGCAUCUGUGGCUGUAUACAUCAGUGCUUCAAGGACCAAAGACACUGAGAAUUAUUCAGUGACUAAUGAAGAAUCUACAGUAAGCAAGAAUUGUCGGAGUGACCGCCCACGUAGCAUUAUAAGAGAGCCCUCCCUCAAACCCAGGGGAGGUUGCGUCAAGGCAACGCCAGGAGGGUACACCAGCUUCCUGUACAGUCCUAACUACAAGGGGGAGGAGCCAACAGGUGAUUAAACCCCUCCUCUACCUGCCUCAGGCCCCGCCCCUGGCUACACCCCUUUCCCAAGGCAGGUUUGUCACUUGCAAUAUUCUAUUUUUGUAAUGUAUUCUGAAAUGUCUUUCAACACCUGAUGUGUAUUUUUGUUUUUAGACCAGAACUCUAGAACAUAAAAAUUUUAUGAUUAUAAUGUAUGAAGUACUAUUUUGUUGUUUUUAACCGAAACAAUUUUGUUUUAUCUUUUAAUUAUUUUCCAUCAUCAUGUGUGCAUUUUCUGAUUGAAAUAAAUUGUUUUUGGAAUUGGCUGUUGUGAAAUGUGGUUAUUAGUAAGAUAAUUUGGUUAUAUAGUUUCAAACAUACGAUGAUUUUCAUUUGAAUAUUGUGUUCUUUAUGGGAAAUUUCUUUCAACUGACCAGUGUGAUACGGACAUUACUUUCACAUUUAAUCUAUUUGGUUUGUUUCUAUUUAACACGUGUGUUGUGGAAUACAAUGUUCAUGUAAAAAUUAAAGUACAAAAAUGAAAUAGACAUGAAAUAU